UAAAAUCGAAACUUGUCUUCAAAAUUAGUAGUAGAAGAAAGGAAAGUUCCUCUCGAUCACGCUCUUCUUCACUGACAUCUCCCAGAUUCUUUAUCUCUCGAAUAAAAAAAGCACAGAUCUCAGAAGAAGAAGAAGAAGAAGAGAUCAAAGUUUUUGUUUUUGAAAGUGAUUUCUGCAGCUUCUUCUUGUUCAAGUCUUUCUUCUCUGACCCUUGGUUGACUUCUUCUUCUUAGGUUUCAGAAGAACACCACAUCCACAUUGUUGUGUAUCCUCGUUUUUCAUGUUUUGCUAGCACAAGUCUAUGGGUUGUUGUAAGGUGCCAGCUCUUAUUCAGGCGCAGGUAGAAAUGGGGUUGGUUAAUGAUGUUGAGCACAAAAGCCUUUUUAGACGAGAGACAGAUUCCCCACAAAGAAAAGCAUCUUCCUUGAUGGAACAAGGAUCACUUUCUGCAAGUUUUCGAGAACGUGCAACUAAAACACCUAUGAACAGUGUGCUACAGAGCUUCAAGAUCGUGAUUUUAUCGAAUAAACUCAAUCUUUUGUUGCCUUUUGGUCCUCUAGCAAUACUACUCCACUACUUGACUGAUAAUAAGGGAUGGAUCUUCUUAUUGAGCUUAGUAGGCAUCACACCAUUAGCUGAACGUCUCGGAUAUGCCACAGAGCAAUUGGCUUGUUACACGGGUUCAACUGUUGGUGGCCUCCUAAAUGCUACAUUUGGAAACGUGACAGAGCUGAUCAUAUCUAUUUUCGCUCUUAAAAAUGGAAUGAUACGUGUUGUACAGCUGACACUGCUCGGCUCGAUUCUUUCUAACAUGUUGCUUGUACUUGGCUGCGCCUUUUUUUGUGGUGGGCUUGUAUUUUCCCAGAAAGAGCAAGUCUUUGACAAAGGAAAUGCCGUUGUGAAUUCGGGGUUGCUUUUGAUGGCUGUCAUGGGGCUACUCUUCCCCGCAGUUCUUCAUUACACGCACAGUGAGGUUCAUGCUGGCUCAUCAGAGCUUGCUCUCUCAAGGUUCAGCAGUUGCAUAAUGCUCGUUGCCUAUGCUGCUUACCUCUUUUUCCAGUUAAAGAGCCAGCCGAGUUCUUAUACCCCUCUUACCGAGGAAACAAAUCAGAAUGAAGAAGCUUCAGACGAUGAUGAAGAUCCUGAGAUCUCCAAGUGGGAAGCUAUCAUCUGGCUUUCAAUCUUGACGGCUUGGGUCUCUCUUCUUUCCGGCUAUCUUGUCGAUGCCAUAGAGGGUGCUUCGGUCUCAUGGAAGAUACCAAUCUCUUUUAUCAGUGUAAUCUUGCUUCCUAUAGUUGGGAAUGCGGCUGAGCAUGCAGGUGCCAUUAUGUUUGCCAUGAAAGACAAGCUGGAUCUGUCUUUGGGAGUGGCUAUUGGAUCCUCCAUUCAGAUUUCUAUGUUUGCGGUUCCUUUUUGCGUGGUGAUUGGAUGGAUGAUGGGUGCCCAAAUGGACCUAAAUUUCCAGCUAUUUGAGACGGCUGCUCUGUUCAUAACUGUAAUUGUUGUAGCUUUCUUUCUCCAGGAAGGGACAUCGAAUUACUUCAAAGGAUUGAUGCUCAUUCUUUGUUACUUGAUAGUCGCUGCCAGCUUCUUUGUACACGAAGAUCCUCAUCAAGAUGAUAUAUAAAACCAACCCAAAAGAACACAAACAGUUUGUAUCCUAAACUUAAAGCCUUAUGAUCUCAGGAACACACCAUCUUACAUGUACAUUUGAGAUUCUAGAGUUUGCUUCAUAACAUUUGAAAGCAGCCACAUUUUACGGUUUUACCUUCCCUUACAUUAUCUACUUCCCUUAGGGGCUUAGGGUUACAAAUUUGUAAAAUUACCUUGAUAACUAUGAUAGAAGAUUGGAAUGUCUCUUCUUUUC